AUGGUUUCUUUCUCCAUCAUUACCACCUUGCUUGCAGUUGCUGGCGCCGCCGUAGCGAAAUCUACUCCUAAGUUCGCUGAGCAACCAGUUGUGACCUACCUUGCAAGCGGCGCAUGGACAUCCAAAGGAAUAGUGUACACCUCCGGAACCGUACCCUCACUCAACGGGACCAUUGUAUCUGGAGGAAUCGAGGCACAAACGGUUAUCAAGAACAUUGCCGCGGUACUUGAAGAGGCCGGCACCUCAUGGGAAUACGUCAUGAAGACCACCGUCUUCCUCGCUAAUAUGUCUGACUACUCUGCGAUGAACGAAGUCUACGCCGCUAUGUUGCCUAACCCCAAGCCUGCACGCACUGCUGUUGAGGUUGGAAAGUUGCCUGGUAACUUCUUGAUUGAAGUUGAGGCUAUCGCCGCGAUCCCCGAUUCAUGA